UACUGUAGUGGAGAGAGAAAGAGAACGAGGGAGAGCGAGUGACGUCACCUCUCCCAUGGCGUCACAUUGACGUAGCGCAUACCAGCCGGCAGAGCCCACAUAAAUGCACUAUUUGACUUUCUUCCUUCAGACGGCGCACAUAAACAAACCCGCGUUGCAACUCCACACUUUGCACUGACACACUCACGGGAACGGACGAAGACCCUCUCCCUAUAUCCGGGAGUUUUUCAUGUUUUUUAAAUUCCGCUUCAUGUUUUCUACAUUAAGUUAGAAGAAGAAACUUUUUGCCGCCGAUGCAUCCCGAUCCUCGCAAUAUUAGCUCUACUUUUUUUAUACAUAUUUCUCUUUAUUACUCCGACUCUUGGUGAUUAUUCUGGAUGAAAAUGGGAUACUUGAUGCGAGGUUGUUACCACAUGUAAAGACGGAACCUCUACAGCAAACCAAACCAGGUUCGGAAGAGCGAGCCCGGCCGAGCUUUCAGCACCGGAGAUCGGACGUUUCCUUUGCGACGCCCGCCGAAUCCUCCCCGCUGCAGGAGCCCUGUCACGGCCGCUGCCACGCGAGCCCACACCUCCGGACACUCAGCACCAUUCAGCGCGAAGCUCCUUCACCAGAUCUAUGGCAUUCUGACAAUGAACAAGCGCGCUCAGUUAUUGGAACAGCUGCAGUUUGUCCAGUUGAAAUGCACACCUCGAGAGAUGCCCUGUGUGCAGGCUCAAUACGGGCCCGCCCCUCCAGGCUCCGCCUACUCUGGCCAGUCCUUCAGUUACCAGGGCGACAGCUAUAGCUCUGACCUCAUGACCCCUGACUACACCAAGCUGGACCUGGGUGGUGGUGAGAUCUCUGCCGCCGCCACCACCUCCCUACCCAGCUUCAAUGUCUUUGUGGAGGGCAGCUAUGAGCCCAAGUCCUCCUGCCUUUACCAGAUGCCCACACACAGGCCCAUCAAAAAGGAGGAGGAGAGCUAUCCGACUGCUCCGCCACUGGAGGCCAUGUCGUCCUCCACCAUGUACUUUAAACAGUCUCCCCCGUCCACGCCCACCACCCCGUCCAUGCCGCCCCAGCCUGGCACCUCAUUCCUGUGGGAGGAGCACCACCUGGCCCCUCCUUCGCACCCCCACUCUCUGGGUUCCGGCCUGGAGACGGGCCCCCUCAAGUCGCCCCGCUUUCAGCACUUCUACCAGCACUCGCCUCCCCACAGUGGGGGCAGCGUCGGCGGUUACGACAGCCUGGCUGGAGGACUGGUGCGCACCUCGUCGUCGUCCUCGUCGUCGUCCUCCUCUGUCUCCCACCCUCACUGUCCGCCCCUGGAGCAGCCCAUGUACCAGCUGCACCGCGGGGCCGGGGGAGGCAGCCUUGCCUUCCGCUCCCUGGCUCUCGGGCCCUGUGGCCCCCUACUAGGAGACAGCCUGCCGUCGCCUCCGCCGCGGGGACCCCAAGGAGAGGGCACCUGUGCGGUGUGUGGGGACAAUGCAGCCUGCCAGCACUACGGCGUACGCACUUGUGAGGGCUGCAAAGGCUUCUUCAAGCGCACCGUGCAGAAAAACGCAAAGUAUGUGUGUCUGGCCAGUAAGAACUGUCCCGUGGACAAGAGGAGACGCAACCGCUGCCAAUACUGCCGCUUUCAGAAGUGUCUGAGUGUAGGCAUGGUGAAGGAAGUGGUUCGUACUGACAGCUUGAAGGGGCGCCGAGGCCGUCUGCCUUCCAAACCAAAGAGCCCCCUUCAGACAGAAGCGUCUCCUCCUUCUCCACCCCUCAGCUUGCUCUCCGCUCUCGUCAGGGCUUAUUCUCACUGCACCCCCCGGGACCUCGACUACAGCCAGUUCAGCGCUGCCGACCCUCCCUCCUCCUCCUCAGACGCCGAGCACAUCCAUCUCUUCUACAGGCUGCUCACCAUCUCGAUGGAAACCACACGAUGCUGGGCAGAACGGCUGCCCGGGUUCUGCGAGCUUCAGCGUGACGAUCAGAACCUGCUCAUUGACUCUGCAUUCCUGGAGCUGUUUGUCCUGCGAUUGGCUCACCGGUCGAUGUUGUCGGAGGAUAAACUAGUGUUCUGUAAUGGCUUGGUGCUGCACAGGUUCCAGUGCCUUCGUGGGUUCGGAGAGUGGCUGGACUCCGUCCGGGACUUCUCCACCCACCUCCAGAGCCUAAACCUGGACGCCUCCGCCUUUGCCUGCCUGGCCGCCCUUGUACUGCUCACAGAGCAAGUCCCAGGUCUGAAGGACUCAAAGCGGGUCGAGGAGCUGCAGAAUAGAGUGAUUUGUUGUCUCAGAGACCACCUGGGUUGCAGCUCCGCUUCCUCCUCGUCCAAGCCGGUGCCCCCCCUGAGUCGUAUUCUGGGUUUAAGAGCAGAGCUCCGUUCCCAGAGGACCCAGGGCCUUCAAAGGAUCUUCUACCUGAAGCUGGAGGACCUGGUGCAGCCCCCACCGUUGAUUGACAGGUUCCUGGACACUCUGCCCUACUGACUGGUGGGAUGACCACACAGAGAAAUAACCCCCUCCCCCCGACCUCUCCUGGAGCGCGCGCACACAUUCGGAGAGACUCUCACUCCCCUCUGACUGUACAGAGCAGAGAGCCAAUCAAAUGCUUCGCACUCAACGGGACAAGCAACUGAACGCUUUUCUCCAGUUUAACAGACGAUCACACAAACGCUUCACCGCUUUUUAUUUGAUCCUCUGGUUUUUCUCAUGCGGGGGGGGGAAGAUGACGAGGUUGGGAUGGACCGAAAAAUGACUGUCCUCUUCCAGCAAAAAAGAAAGAUGGUUUAUAAAUACUGUUUAUCUGUGUUUUUGCUGACAUCCGUUAUGAGGACUCCUUUUGAAUAGAGAGGGAGGGAUGGUCCCAGUGAAACACAAAUUACUGUGUAUUCUACAUCCUCCUGCUGAAAUUCGGAAGGGGCUUUUUUUAUACUAAAAAUGUCCUGAAAUGGCAGAGGUCAUCCAACAAAGCAGACACAGAUAUUUCAUAAACACAUGGUUGUUGGGCUCUUGAUUCCAAGUGCAAUUUCUUAAGUGCUGUCUCGCCGCAAAAGGAAUAAGUGGAGAAUUAAUGGUUUAAUGUCAAACUCUAAAUUAUUUCAACGGAAAGACUUGUCUUGUACUAUCAGGAGCUAAACAGUCCACGUCUGGCUUUAGACAGCAGAGGAGAUGUUGUGCACUAACAAUUGAUGACUGAGUCACCCAGACUUGAACUCGCUGUAGUAUGUUUUUUUUUUUUUUAAUUAACUCAUUUUUAAACCAUAGGUCAUGAAUAAGAAUGGAGGAAUAAACGUGGACAAAAAUUGGCUUUUGAAGCACUUACACCCUGACAAGGGCUAGAAGCACAGACACACACCCUACCUGCUCCCCUUGGGGGUGGCGGCGAGUCGGGGAGAGUAGGGUGCUCGCCAGCCGUAUGUCCAGGGAUGAAACAUUCCGCAGUCAUGCUCUUUUUCUAUUUGUUUCUAUGUGGAGGCUGUGUGAGAGUGUGGAUGGAUUAGUCGCAUACUGUCUUUGUGUGUACGCUUAGAGAAGGGUCAUAUGCAUGGUGGGUUAUAAGCUGUCACGAGCUGCCAUAUCCCGUCAAAACAGCUGUGUUUGUGUCUCAGACUGUGGCUCUGUGGGGAUCUCCCUGGGCAUCCACCACCCACUCACAGUCUCACAGUUUAAAAUAUGAAAAAAGAAAAUUAUAGAGAUAUAAAUAUAUAUAUAUAUAAAUAUAUAUAUAUACAAAACUAAUAUUUUGAAGUGUUUUUAGCUUUUUCAAAUAUUGUGGUACAAGUCGUGCGUUGUUUUUUGAAGAAGAGAAAACAAAAAAACAAAAAAAGUUGGUGUUUUUCAAUGUCCCUUUUUGGUUUGAUUUUUAUUUUCUUUCUCUUUGGUUCACUGGAUUUUCUGUUCAGCACUUUGAAAUCAUAAACUAGUUCUGAUUAUUCUGCCAAA